AUGGAGUCAGCUCCUGAGGAGGCCGGUCCGGCGCAGUCCCCCCUCCCCCACACAGAUCCCGAUCCCACCCCCAUCCUCGCCACAGAUAUCCCCGCGCCCUCCCCCUCGCCCUCGCCGCCCCUCUCCCCCAAACAAACCCCCUCAUCGCGCCCCCUCUCGGCCGUCGUCCCGCCAUACUGGCAGCGGCACGAGCGUAAUGCGUCCCGCGCCUCGCAGAGCUCUCUUGCGCGCUCCGCGCUGAUCACGCUGGAAGACCACACGGCUGAUCCGGAGUGCGAGACCAGUCGUGGGUUGUGGGCGCAGAGCGUCUUGAUCGAGGACCAUGUUGUUGUGCAGGGGAAGACGGGCGUGGGCGCAUACGUGGUGUGGAAUUGUAGGAUUCAGACGCUGGAUGGAGGGCCGAUGGUUGUUCGUAUGCGGUACUCCGAGUUUGACGAUCUGCGCAACCGCCUCGUGUCUUCUUUCCCGCAUGCGAAGAAUGCGCUUCCUGCGCUGCCGCCGAAGAGUGUAUUCUAUAAAUUCCGGCCGAAGUUCCUUGAACAGCGGCGCGUUGGUCUUGAAUAUUUUCUCAACUGUGUGCUCUUGAAUCCGGAGUUCUCGAGCUCGCCAAUCGUUAAAGAUUUCCUUUUCGGUCGGAUGUCAUAA